UGUUUCUUCCCCGAUCCGUGUUUCCCUUUGAGGCAAACCAACAAACAAACGCUCACAUUUUCCCGCGGCGUUGCAUCAAAUGCAACCCAUCGUUUUGAUGCAAGUACUCAGCGAAUAUAUCCUUUGCAUAAUUGCGUUACUAGUUGAUUAUCACGUUUCACAGAUUGAUGAAUAGUAGUUUCAAUUCACCGAAUCCGCUGAAGAACGCAUACUGUAUUUUUUUUUGGUAAAACCCUAGCUACGAUUUGAUGUUUCUCUUGUUUGUUUGUAGGAAUUAUAAAAGUUAAAUGUCUUCAAGCAAUUUGGUUGCAGAGGCAGUUUGGAGUGAGAUUAAAUCGACUCGUUCAGUUACUGAUAAUCAAUUUUCCAUUUCAGAUUGCAUUUCUUGUACGGGAAGAACCUUGAGCGUGCUACAAAGAUAGUUGAUCAGAGAGGUGUAACGAGAAUUGUUGGAGAGCCUAGUGGCCGUUGCGUUUUUCAGGUUGUGGGGGAAUCAAGGAGAAAGGAAGAGUAUUUCUGUUUCGCUGAACAUUAUUGUGCUUGUUAUUCUUUCUUUUACGACAUUGUCAACAAAGGAGAACAGAUUUGUUGCAAGCACCAAUUAGCUGCACAACUUGCUGUAUCUGUAGGAUCUUGUGUGGAGGUCAAGGUGUCUGAUGAGGAGCUAGCGCUUCUUCUUUCCAAACUCUGAAAAUUGUAGAUUGUUAAGCUACAAUUCUGCAUUUGGAUAAGAGAUGAAGUACUUAAGUCCUGUCCACUUGUUUCGUACUGUGAUGAAAACGAAUGAACUGAAACCAGGACGGCUGCUAGGUUUGGAUGUGGGACACAAAUAUGUUGGGCUGGCUAUUUCAGAUCGUGAAAAUCGAGAAGCUUUACCUCUAAGCGUAUUAGUCCGUAAACAGACAAAUGUUGAUCUAAUGGCAAAAGAUUUCCGAACUUUGAUCUCCGAACUUUCUUUAGGGGGGCUCGUCAUCGGCUGCUGUUAUACUCGAAAUGUUUCACAAGUAGAAAGUUUCCAAGUAAAAGAUUUAGUUCAAGAUCUCCGUAAGCGAGAAGAACUUCAAGAUGUUAAAUUUACCUAUUGGGAGGAGCAUUUUACUUCAAAGCAUGGUGAUUUUUUUCAAAGAAUAUGAGGUUUACCUACACAACCAUGGAUGUACGAAGUGAACUACUAGGAUUGGCUAAGUAGUUUAGGGUUGAAUCUUAAGGCGUACCACUAGGAUCCCAAGCACACUAGCUGAGCACCUUUGGGUGACUUCGACCAUGAUUCAUGACCGAAAGCUAAUGGCAAUGUUCUUCAGUCAUGUCAUGUUGAGCAAGAAGCUGAGCGCCAAAAAGCGACUCGUUGCUGCUUUUCCACCCAUGGAAAGUGCUAACCACACGGGUUUAAGCGUGGUACGCAAUAGAGUCCAAACUGAAAUGCUACAACUUUGACAAGGGACACUGCGCUGGUGACUGCUCUGAGCCGAAGAAUGCAGCUCUAUUCAUAUAACCCUCUCAUCAAUUGUGCAUGUUCUUGUUUAUUGAUUUCUCACCAUCUCUUCAUGGGGUUCUGUACGCGGGAGCCGAAACAACUAGGGAUUGAGUAGGAUUUAUUGAUUGAUGCUGCAUUUCAAAUGGCGCCCAUAGGCUUUACAUGGUACACUACAGUUGCUAAGAAGCUUUAGGAUUCGCUCCAACAUCCUUUGUGUUGAAACCAGUACAUGCUCACAAAGAUAAUAAUUAGGAUAUGAGAUUGCCUUCUUAGACAUAAGAUACCAAAAAUCUAAUGUUUCUCCGAACCAAUAAGACUUAGGAUUCUGAUGUGAAUUCUAAUGAUCAUGCUUGAUCCAGGUAUUAACUAUGAGUGAUAAUUACCAUUUUUUUACAGUAAAACCCUCAGAAGUGCUGAUAUCUAGAGAUGGAAUUAAAGUGAAAAUCUUAGAUAUGAAUCAUCUUUUCCCACUUGGUUAAAGAAAGGAGUUUAUAAUAUAGAUAUACUGCUGGUUUGUUUACUUGCUAAAAGCACUUAAAAAUGGCCAGCCACUCCGGUAUGGAAGAAUCAAACUAGUCUGUCGAAGUUAUGCAUUACAUGAGUGAGCACUCAGUUUCUCUUUUAAUAGGAAAGAAAGAUAUUAUUGAAUAAAAUGAAGCUACAAAUUGUUUCUGUCCUCCUGGAUUAGAGUAUGAAUCCAAUCGGGGCAUUCAUUUAGCCGAUUAAAACAAAUAACUUGAGACCUCGCAAACUUGGCUAAAGAGUCUGCUAUAUGGUUUGCAUCUCUAUGCACGUAUGUGCAUUUCCAAGAUUCAAAAGAACUAAGAAUAUUCAGAGCAUUAUUUAUUAGGUUGUAUGAAGUCCAUUUCACAGGAGUUUGCUUCCCAUUUAGAGCUUCAAUCACAUUCAAGCAGUCUCCCUCCAACUGAAUCCUUGUCAGUUCCUUAUGCUUUGCCCAUAUAACUGCUUCUAUAAGUGCUUGAGAUUCAGCUUGUUCUGGGUCUAUGGCAGGUUAUGCGCCUCCUCGCAAUCCGUUGCUCUUCUGCAAAAUUCCUACAGAUUAGACCCCAUCCUGAAAGACUAUUACCAUCUAUAUGAGAAGCAUCAAAGUUAAUUUGGUCCACAUCAUUAGAGGGAGGGAUCCAUUGAUGUUGAGAAUCUGUCUCGAAGAUGGACUUUGUCUUGAGACAAGACAAGUUCUUUUCUAGUCAUUCAUCUGCAAAACAAUGGAGAGUUAACAACAGCAUCUACAUUGACUGUUACAUUAUCAAACACUUGUCAACAUCUAGCUUUCCAGACAUGCCAGAUAGAGAAACUGGCAGUAUCAUUUAGCUUAAACUCAAGCUGUGCAGCACCAUUCCCUGUCAUGAAGAAGUUACAGAAUUAUUGAUACAAAUCUAUAUUCUGCAAUUGGGUAGCAAAUUCCAUAUCCUUUUAGCAACAGAAUACUCAAGAAAAGAUGUUGUGUGGAUUCUAUGUCAUUGUCACAUAAGGGACAAGAGGAAUUCUGGUGCAUAUAGAAUAUAGCCAGUCUAGGCAAACACUCGUGAAGAUAUUUCCGCAUGAAGCGUUGUAUUCUAGGGGGUAACUUAUGCUUCCAAAAAGAUUUCCAGCAUAUAGUCAGGUUGUUCUUAGUAGGUUUGGACACCUAGCUUUCCUCCAGAAUAACUCUGUAAGCUGAUAUUGAGUACUCAUGUCUUCCUAGGGUUUGGGUCUUGGACUAGGUCUAGCCAAAGUUUUGAGUGCCGUCACUAUUUGUAAUGAACUUGGUAUCGACUUUUAGGUUUUGACUAGAUUAUUUUCGCCUGCCGAAGUGAACUUACAUAAACAACUGGUAAGAGAACUGGAGCUAAUGUUUGUGAAGCAAGAUGAGCAGCCCAAGUGUGCAUUCACUCCUCCUGCUUCGUCUAAAUGCUAUGUGUUAUGUACAACUCCAUAUGAUCAGUGCCUUAUGACUUCACUUUUUUCUGGUUUGGGGGAUGAUUGUAGUUCUAAUUACUG